AUCCUGGGAUUCAUGUUAAGUGAAAUUAACAAAAAGGGUUAAUUUGUUGGAUUCAUAUAAGUUAGAAGAUUAUUCCGACCCAGAAAAAUGAUGACAGAAGAGAAUGGCGGCGAGCACUCAGUUGCUGUGUUGCCACUUUGAUUAUGGUGUUCAGGUAGCCCCACAUGUGAGGAGGAGUUUGAGGUUCCCAUUUUGGAAUUCACAUACUAAUACAAAGAGUCUCAGGGUGAAUUUUGUGAAGGUGCAAGAAGCAGAUAUGAAUAUGAUGGCCACUUCUGACAACAAAAUCCCACACGUGCUGACUGUUGCUGGCUCUGAUUCUGGGGCUGGUGCUGGAAUCCAAGCUGAUCUUAAGGCUUGUGCUGCUCGCCGGGUCUACUGUUCCACUGUCAUCACUGCUGUUACUGCACAGAACACUGUUGGGGUUCAGGGAGUGGACAUUGUACCUGAGGAUUUUGUGGCAAAGCAGCUGCAGUCUGUGCUUUCUGAUAUGCAUGUUGAUGUGGUUAAAACAGGCAUGCUGCCCUCUCUUAAAAUAGUGAAGGUCCUUUGUCAGAGCCUUAGGAAAUUUCCCAUCAAAGCUCUUGUGGUUGAUCCUGUCAUGAUAUCUACCAGUGGGGAUGUACUUGCAGGUCCUUCUGUUCUUAAUGGAUUUCGGGAGGAGCUGCUUCCCAUGGCUGACAUUGUCACCCCAAAUAUAAAAGAGGCAUCAGUUUUAAUUGGUGAUGUGCCACUGAAAUCAGUUUCUGACAUGCGUGCUGCUGCAAAAUUGAUACAUGAUUUGGGUCCUAGGAAUGUACUUGUCAAGGGUGGUGACCUCCCUAAUUCAGUAGAUGCUAUUGAUGUAUUCUUCAAUGGUGAGGAAUUCUAUGAGCUGCGCUCGUCGCGUGUAAAUACUACCAAUACUCAUGGUACUGGUUGUACCUUGGCAUCAUGCAUAGCAGCAGAGCUGGCAAAAGGUUCAUCCAUGCUUUCUUCAGUUAAGACAGCUAAACAUUUUGUUGAAACUGCCCUGGAUUAUAGUAGAGACUUGGUGAUUGGAAAUGGAGCUCAAGGCCCUUUUGACCAUUUUUUGGCACUUAAGAACAUCAAUCAGAGUUCUUGUAGGCAGAAGAGGUUCAAUCCAAAUGAUUUGUUGCUAUAUGCUGUAACAGAUUCGACUAUGAAUAGGAAGUGGGGCCGUUCUAUUGCUGAAGCUGUUAAAGCUGCUGUUGAAGGAGGUGCUACCAUUGUUCAAUUAAGGGAAAAGGAUGCUGAGACACGGGAUUUUCUUGAAGCUGCCAAAGAAUGCAUUAAAAUAUGCCAUUCCUACGGAGUACCUCUGCUUAUAAAUGAUCGUAUAGAUGUAGCCCUUGCUUGUGAUGCUGAUGGUGUUCAUGUUGGUCAGUCUGACAUGCCUGCAAGUCUUGUAAGAACUCUCCUUGGUCCUGAGAAGAUAAUUGGUGUAUCUUGCAAGACGCCUGAGCAAGCAAAACAAGCAUUGAUUGAUGGUGCUGAUUACAUUGGUUGUGGUGGUGUAUAUCCCACCAACACAAAGGCUAAUAAUCGUACAAUAGGCUUAGAGGGCUUGAAGGAAGUGAGCCAGGUCUCAAAAUUGCCUGUGGUUGCAAUUGGUGGCAUUGGUCUGUCAAAUGCACGUGCAGUCAUGGAAAUUGGUGUGCCAAAUCUGAAAGGGGUUGCUGUCGUUUCUGCUCUGUUUGAUAGGGAAUGCAUUUUGACUGAGACAAGAAACUUGCACGCGUUAUUAAGUUAGGCAGCAUUCUUGAUACAAUGAAUAUGACGGAUGUGGGAGCAAUUUUGCUGAGUUCUAGUCAAGGGAGUGGUUAAAACAAUCAUAUAUGGUUUUACAUAGAAUGGAAAUAUAUACAAUUGCAGAUUCUUUUCAGAACCAUGCUAAACUUGCAAAUUUUCUAUAGAAGAAUUUACGCUAUGCUCAAUAUUGGGGCAGAACAAAACAUUUGGAGGUUCA